AUGAACAUCAUCGCCAGACAAGGGCCAAGGCUCUUCCGUCUCCCUCCUCUCCGUCGCAUCGCGCACCCAUGGUCGUCUCCCCGAACGCUCGCGACGCAAACCCGCGGCGGCAGCCACAGCAGCACCGACUAUGAAGUGACAGACGCCGACAUCAGGACGCUCGCCAGCAAACAUCUCCAUCCGCUCAGUCUCGCUGAUCUCGUCAAACACGGUCGACCGCCGCUGUCCGAGCCGUCCCUCCUCUCCUCCGCCAACUUCGCCCUGUCCCUCCUGCCCAUCCGUCUCGCGCAUCGUCUCCAAGCGCUGCGGAACCUCCCGUACAUUGUCGUCUCGAACCCGAACAUAUCAAAAAUCUACGAUACCUAUAUAAAGUCCCUCUCUAUCCUACUGCCGUACUGGCACAAUGCGGCCCAGGGUCGGCCCAUUGCCACGCUCGAAGAGGAGAUCCGCUUCACCAACACCCUCGCUCAGCUCGUCGCUCAGCACACCGACACCAUCCCCAUUCUCGCCCGGGGCUUCCUCGAGUGCAAGCGCUACAUAUCCCCCGCCGAGGUUACGCGUUUCCUUGACGAGCACCUUCGAGCACGGAUCGGCACGCGGUUGGUCGCGGAGCAGCACAUUGCCCUGCACUUCUCCUCACAACCACACUGGGAUCCCGAGGCCAGUCCGACGCCAUGCCCCGAGUAUCCUUCGUUCGUAGGUGUCAUUGAUACAGCUCUGCGGCCCGCCACCGUGGUCGAGUCGUGCGCUGGCUUUGUGGCGGACAUUUGCGAGCUCCGCUACGGCGUGCGGCCCCUGCUGUACAUAGAUGGUCAGCCAGACGCCACCUUUGCCUCCGUGCCCAUGCAUCUCGAGUACAUUGUGACAGAGAUGCUCAAGAACGCCUUUCGGGCGACCAUUGAGAACAAGUCUCAUGAGCCCGUUGUCGUCACCAUUGCGCCCGAGCCACCGCUGCCGGAUUCCGAGAUCCUCAACAUCAAGGGCCCCGAUAAGGAGAUCGGUCCCUUCCGUAACGAUGCCAUCCGUCCGUUGGACGACAACGCGCCUGGUGUGACUAUCAGGAUACGGGAUCGAGGUGGCGGCAUACCACCGCAUGUGUUACCGAAUAUUUGGUCUUAUUCCUUCACUACGUUCUCCGACGAAGACGAGAUGCCUGGAUCCAGCGGCUCGGACGGCCUUCACGCUUUGUCGAAUGCUGGCUCAGGCGUCAGUUCCAUCGCCGGCCUCGGCUACGGACUGCCUCUAAGCAGAGCAUAUGCGGAAUAUUUCGGCGGUGGUAUCGCUGUAGAGAGCUUAUACAGAUGGGGCACCGAUGUCUACCUGCGCCUCAAGGGGAUAGGAAAGAUUGACGACAAGAAAUAA